UCUCUUUACCAUUUUCCCACUUCCCUUUGAGAAAGAAAACAGAACCAAGAAAAAAAAAGAGAGAAAGAAAACAGAAAAAUAUGGCACUGAGAAUGUGGGCAUCCUCAACAGCAAACGCUCUCAAGCUCUCUUCUUCUGCAUCCAAAUCUCAUCUCCUUCCAGCUUUCUCCAUCUCCAGAUGCUUCUCCUCAGUAUUGGAAGGACUUAAGUAUGCAAAUUCACAUGAGUGGGUGAAACAUGAAGGCUCAGUGGCUACUAUUGGCAUCAGUGACCAUGCCCAGGAUCAUUUAGGAGAAGUUGUGUUUGUGGAGCUGCCUGAAGAAAAAACUUCAGUGACCAAAGAGAAAAACUUUGGAGCAGUGGAGAGUGUUAAGGCAACGAGUGAGAUUAUAUCUCCAAUCUCUGGUGAAGUCAUCGAGGUUAACACAAAGCUCGCUGAUUCACCUGGCUUGAUUAACUCGAGCCCUUACGAAGAUGGUUGGAUGAUAAAGGUGAAACCAAGCAACCCCGCAGAGUUGGAAUCCUUGAUGGGUCCAACGGAAUACACCAAGUUCUGCGAAGAGGAAGACGCUGCUCACUAGGGUUUCUUUGUCUUUGCCAGUAUGUCCUAAGCAAAACAAGAGAACCCAUGCUACAGUUUCAAUCUUUUCGCUACUUGUCAAUGUUUCCUAUCUUUUUUUAUCAGAUUUGUAUUUCUAUACUGUUUUGGUUAAAGAUCAUUCGAUGAGUCUCAA